AAAGGCGAGGGUGGAGGCCGCGGCUGGAGCGCGGCAGCAGUCGGUAGGAAUUUGUACUGAAUGAAGUGCAGAAGGUUCGCUGGGUUUGAUCUACGAGUGGGAGACAGUCCAAGGGCUAUCACAAUGAUUAGCUGGAAUGUAGGGGUAGUCCUGUCUCUUGCGGUAAUUUCAGAAACGGCUGUCCCCCCGACACAAAUUCAAAUUAGCCAAGAAUUGCCUCUUCGUCUCACAGGAGCCAUUCCAGCCUAUUCCUGCCCUCUCUUCUGGACAGAAUUCAAUGGAUACUGUUUCCGCUUCUUUCCUGAGACCAAAAACUGGGCGGAAGCUGACCUGUAUUGUGCUGAGUUUUCAAAUGGACUUAGAUCAGCAAAAUUAGCAUCUAUUCAUAGCUGGGAAGAGAACGUGUUUGUUUAUGACUUGGUUAACAGUCGAGUUCCUGGAAUUCCUACUGAUAUUUGGAUAGGACUCCAUGACAGAAGAGUGGAAGGCAGUUUUGAGUGGACUGAUGGGACAACAUAUGACUACAAUUACUGGGAUGGCAACCAACCAGAUGAUGGGACCCAGCUGAUACAGGAAGAGGAGGAUUGUGUGCAAAUAUGGUUCCGGCAAAACAGUGGAAAUGAGAGGAUACUUCAUAAUAAAUGGGUUAGAAAUGGAAUUCAGGACAGAGCUCUGAGAUCCUGGAACGAUAAUCGUUGCAGCCGUGAAUUUCCAUUCGUUUGUAAAAUUCCCUCCCUGGAGAACAACUAACCAGCAUAAGGAGCUCUGGCUGUUUGGAAUUCAUCCUGAAAGUGAUUUCUUUGGAAUCGGCAGCAUUGACACAAAGACAUUCUAGCCAAAUGGGAGGAACAAUGUUGAGGUUCUGAUCGAAGUGCCACACCAUUAUAACAUCAUUACUGUCUGCUCCAUAUAGGAAAACAGCUUGGUUUAUCUUCUGUUUUUUGAUUUAUUUUCAGGCUUCAAUAUAUUGUAAUACUUUUCUUAUGAAAUAGAUUAAAUUAUAUAUGGCUAAACACCAAACAUCAAUAUUCUUAGAAUAACUCUAUUUGACUUUUGAAUAGUAAGUAAAAUUUGGUUUACACAUAUGUAUUAGUUAAAUAAUUGUCAUUAUCUUAUGUUAGGUCAUUUAGCUACAAACCCACUAAAUUAUGUAUUUGAUUAAGACUGAACCAAAACAGCUGAAAUAUACAUGCAUUCAUUUUCACACGGUAAUUAAAUCCCAACAAACCAGCCACUUGCAUUGACCUCAGCACAAAUUCCUCCCUUAUUCUUGAGUAGAUCUAUAUUCCCCUUAGUUAUCCUUUUUGCUUAAUAUAAGUAUAAAAUGCUUUGGGAUUCUCCUUUAUCCUGCUUGCCAAGGAUAUUUCAAGGAUAUUUGUCCUUCCUAAUCACCUGCUUGAGCUCUCUCUUUCCAUCUUUGUACUCCACAAGGGUCUGUCUGAUUUUAGCAUUCUAAGCUUUAUGUAUUCUUGCUAACUAAGUUUAGGACCUUCUGGGUCAUUCAAGAUUCACUUACCUUACCAUCCUGGUCCUUCAUCCUUACCAGAACAUUCAGCCAAUCUUUAAACAAUUCCCCUUGUGUCAGGUGUGGAUUCCCAAUCAAUGGUCAUUAGCUCUUGUCUUAUCCUGUUGUAAUUUGCUUCCCCAAUUUAAUACCUUCCUGAAAGAGCUGAUUUUAUCCUUACUCAUAGCUAUCUUUUUAAAAAUUUUAUUUAUUGAGAUACAGUACAGAAUCGGCCCUACCAGCCCUUCAAGCCAGCAAUUCCCUGAUUUAAUCCUGGCCUGAUCACGGACAACUCAUAAUGAGCAAUUAACCUACUGGUGUGCCUUUGGACUGUGGGAGGGAACUGGAGCACCCGGAGGAAACCCACGCAGUCACGAGGAGAACAUACAAAUUUCUUACAGACUUUGGGAAGAAUUGAACCUGAGUCACUUGUACUGUAAAGCAUUGCGUUAACCACUACACUAUUGUGCUGCCCAAAACAAAAUGAGUUGUGGUCACUAUUGCAAAAUGUUCAUCCGCUAUCAGGUCAAUCAACUGGCCUGGCUCAUUUCCCAAAACUAGAUCCAGUAUGAUCUUUUCUCUAGUUGGACUCUGCAUACUGUUUCAAGAAUGUCCCUCAUACAUUGCAGAAACACCAUCUAAGCCUUCUGUGUUUUUAAAAAAAAAAGUUCCAAACAAUAACAGGGAAUUUAAAGUCCCCUUCUUUAAUAACCCUGUUGUUCCUGCGGCUUUCCAUAAUCUAUCUACCUAUCUGUUCUUCUAUCUAUAUUGCUGUACCAUCCCAUCAGAGUGUUUUUAUUUUGGAGCGCCACACAAAUCGUCUCUGUGGAUGGGCUCGAGGGGAAUGUUUUCUCCAAGUACCACUUCCUUAUCAGUAGUGCAAUGCCACCUCCCUUUUUUUAACUCCCUCUCUAUCAUGUCUAAAACAACAAUCCCUGGAGCAUUGAGCACCAUUCCUGUUCCUCGAGAAACCAGGUCUCUGUAAUGGCAACACUGUCCUAUUUCCGUGUGCUGAUAUUAAAAUGUAACUUUACUACAACAAACAUAACAUUUUCACUAACCACUCAAACAUUAGGUAUUUUAAUGGAAAGGGAGGCUGUAGGGAUAUUACCCUUGGGCUCUAAGUAAAAAUCUGGCAAGAACUAUUAUUGGUGAUGGCUGCCAGAUAUUGACAAGCUGUCUAUCUGCCCAGUAAAACAAUUUUAAUCUGUUCCAAAAGAAAAUUCCAGUUUGAUUCACUAUUCCAUUGGAGAAUUAAGUACCAUUGUUUUAAAACAAACUUCAAUUUUCAGUAUUUGACAAAACAAUGGUAAGCAUAAACAGGAUGAAAAAAGCACUAAUAGUCAUUAACAAUUAUAUUUACAACAGACAGUAGACAAUCUUCAACUUACUGUAUAAUUUUUUGAGAUUAUAUUGAUGGCAUUCAUUUGAAAAGUAGAUUAUAUCAGUCCUGGCAGUUUUGAAUCAUUUCAUUCUUCAGCAAAAGUGAAAAGCUAUAAUGUUGCUUCAUUAGACUGUAAUUUUUAAAUGAAGGAUUCAUACAUAAGGGUUGUUUUCUUUCAAAGUCACAACAAUUCAUUUAGAAAUCUGCUGGGUAGACUAACUGAAACACCAUUAACCAAUAUACAGUUCUAAUAAUUUUGAAAGGCAAUAAUAUUUCCAGAAUGCAAGUAAAGUUUAUUAUAGCAAAAAUAUUCAAGCUAAAAAAUUUUUUUAAAUUAAAUUUAAGUGCAGGACAAAAUGACCGUGCAUUCUUUCAUUUGACUUAAAAUGCAAUUGCAUAACUGUUAAAGAAUGUAAUAGUGAAAUAAAUUCAGCUUUUCUGGGCCAAAUUUUUCGUUCCAUAUAGGUAGCAUUAUGUAUUUUGAGGUAUGCCUGGCCGUGGUUAUCUGUUACAGUUCAAAAUUACUUCUGGUGUCCAUCCAAAUACAAGCAGGAGAAUCACCCUCCCACCCAUUGGCACCACUAACUCCCACAGCAGCAAUCCCUUUCAGCUGCACUUAUUACAGUUUUGUUGCUAAAGCUUCCAAUCUGAAAUCAUCUGCCCACGUCCAGCUGCUGAAGGUCCUAAGACUCUUCAAGUACAGUUAAAUAGCUGACGAGCAGUGUUAUAAAAACUGUGACAAUUGAAUAUGCAAACCAAACAGUUUGUGGGAAUAUUGUUAUAGUGUUAUUUUUAAUUUAUUUUCUAUGACAUUUUUGUAUAACUCCAUACUUGUAGUUUAUAUGGCUAAUGAACAUUGUCAUUUGUAGAUGUUUUACAGUGAUUGAGAUGCGAUGUGUUGUUUAAAAGGCUUCUGUAGCCAUGUGGCCAACAAGUAAACCUCCAUGUUAA